AUGACCGGCGACGUGAAACAUUGGGAAGCUGAGGCCCAUUCGCUGCGGAGAGUCGCCUUCUUUGGCGUUAUCCUCUCCACUGCGGCCACGCUGAUCUGCGUGAUCUCCGUCCCAAUGCUGUACAACUACAUGCAGCACAUGCAGUCGAUCAUGCAGAACGAAGUUGACUUCUGCAAGUCUCGUUCUGGAAAUAUCUGGAGAGAAGUCACCCGAACUCAGGUCCUCAGCAAGGCUACAGAAACCUCACUAAGAAGCCGUCGUCAAUCCGGAUACGGUGGCGGAUGCUGCGGUUGCGGUGUUUCUCCACAAGGACCACCCGGACCACCUGGCCCAGAUGGGGAACCUGGAUCGGAUGGAGCACCAGGAAAUCCUGGAAGAGAUGGCCCCGAUGGACCACCAGCAACACCGGCUCCUCCUCAUAACGCUUGCUUCGACUGUCCCGACGGACCUCCUGGACCUCCAGGAAACCCAGGAGCAAAGGGAGCACCAGGAAACCCCGGAUCGAAUGGACAGCCAGGAGGACCUGGAAACUCUGGAGCACCUGGAGGACCUGGACCACAGGGACCACCCGGAAACAGUGGACAACCAGGAAACCCCGGUGCACCUGGAACACCUGGACAACUCAGAGAAGUUCCCGGACCUCAGGGACCACCUGGACCACCAGGACCACAAGGACCUCCUGGUCCCAGUGGAAAUCCAGGAGCUCCAGGUAACAAUGGCCAAGAUGGUGGUCCGGGACUACCCGGCGACAAUGGAAAUCCAGGUGCUCCUGGACAGCCUGGCAGCCCCGGUGACAAUGGACCCGAUGGAGACCAGGGAGCAUCUGGAAGCUGCGAUCACUGCCCACCUCCUCGCACUGCUCCAGGAUAUUAG